AUGAUUUCAGGUGGUCCGCGAGACUACGAAUUCAGAGAAAACAACCAGAUUUUAAGGAUACCGAAAUUUGAUCCCGAGCGAGAUAAUGGCAUGUAUACUUGUAGCGCUGCGCAGUUCUAUUCUUUUGAAACCGUCGUUAUCAAUGUUACCGCAUACGCACGACCGCAAAUCACAGUGCUUGAUGGACUGGAGACGCGGCAAGGUGUUGAAGGGCGUGAUUUUGUAAUUAGAUGUCAGGCAGUUGGGAAACCACCACCGCACUACCAGUGGACAAAGUAUACCGAUGGUGACGAAAAGAUAAUUAUUCCUUCUGAGAAGUAUGAAUUAGACCAAGGUACACUUACAAUUAAAAAACUCAUUCCGGCAGACAGCGGUGCUUAUUCCUGUAUUGCAAAAAACCCUCUUGAUGAAGCACGACUCGAUUAUAACCUAACAGUCUUCAGUAUGGUUUAA